UGAAACAGCGCGGGUGUCCUCCAAAGCACUAGAUGGCGCUCCGCAGCUCUCGCUCUACUUGUUGCUUACGGAAGUUUAAGGAAAGAAAACAACAUAGGCCUCCGCAGCCUGAUUGAAACAAAACCAGACAGCUGUUUAAAGUAGUGUUGUCGUCUGGAUAACACGGAUAGAAGGAAACAGAGAGAUGUCUGACAGCGAGGACAGUGAUUUCUCUGAUAAUCAGAGCGAGAGGAGCAGCGAGGCUGAGGAGGUGGAGGAGAAUGAGGAUGAGGAGGAACAGGGGAGUGUAGCUGGCAGUGACAAGGCUGAGGAGGAGGGAGAAGAUUUGGAGGAUGAGGAGGAAUAUGAUGAAGAGGAGGAAGAGGAUGAUGACCGGCCCAGGAAAAAACCUCGGCAUGGUGGCUUCAUCCUGGAUGAAGCCGAUGUUGAUGAUGAAUAUGAAGAUGAAGAUCCAUGGGAGGAUGGUGCUGAAGACAUCUUAGAAAAAGUUAACGAAGAGGCCGAAGUGUCAAACAUUGACCAUGUAGUUUUGGAUGAGGAUCACUCCGGUUCAAGGAGGUUGCAGAAUCUUUGGAGGGAUUCACGCGAGGAAGCUCUGGGGGAGUAUUACAUGAGAAAAUAUGCCAAGUCCUCAGGGGGAGAGCAUAUCUACGGCGGCACUGAAGAUCUUUCUGAUGACAUCACCCAGCAGCAGUUGCUUCCUGGGGUCAAGGAUCCUAAUUUGUGGACCGUUAAGUGCAAGAUUGGAGAAGAGAGAGCAACUGCUAUUGCCUUAAUGCGAAAAUUCAUUGCUUAUCAGUGCACCGACACACCGCUCCAAAUCAAAUCAGUGGUGGCUCCUGAGCACGUCAAAGGUUAUAUCUAUGUGGAGGCGUACAAGCAGACCCACGUCAAGGCCGCUAUUGAGGGCGUCGGAAACCUGCGUAUGGGCUUCUGGAACCAGCAGAUGGUGCCCAUUAAAGAGAUGACAGAUGUGCUGAAAGUGGUUAAGGAAGUGACUAACCUUAAACCAAAAUCUUGGGUUCGUCUUAAGAGAGGCCUUUAUAAAGAUGACAUUGCCCAGGUGGGUACACCAGAACACUUGGCUGUAUAGUCAUAAAGGAAACGU